UUAGAGUCUUCAGAGAACCCUCCUCUUUCUUGCUUUGUACCUGUAUAUUCAUCAUGACUGAUUCUGCAUGGAUCAAGGACUUUGGCACUACCUUUCAAAGGGAAAAGGAUGCCCUGCAAAGCCGCAUAGAGGCUGCCAAAGCCUCCUCUCCCGCGUCCCCGGCAACGCUGCAGGAACUCACCUCUAAGAUCUCCAAACUCAUGACCACCCUGGCCGAUGCAUCUGGGUCUUUGCCAAGUUACGACCAACGGCAGUAUGAGUUGCAAGUGAAAGCUUUGGAGAAAUCCGUCGAGGAGCUACGUAGUACAACCGCGAAGCCCAAGUUCGCCUUCAAACGCAAGGCCGCUGCGUCGAGCCAAUCGUCAACCCCAUCGGCACCUUCUACGCCGAAAUCAGCACCAGACACGAGUGCAUCGCCAGCGAACGCUAGCGCCUCGCUCUCCGCGCCCUCCACGAAUCUCGUGCCCUCCACGAACCUCGUGCUCUCCUCGCACAAGUCAAAGUACUUGACCAUAACCGACCUCCCCGCGCCUUUCAAACAGGAAUCCGACCUUGCCCUCGCCGAUCUCGACGGAUGCGUCGUCGACCUUCUCCGUGCGGACGAGCCGGCCCUGCUCAACAUCUCCGCUGUGCAUAUCCGCAAUGUCGCCGACUCCGUGAUCGUCCUGCCUCUGAUCUCGGGCAGCGUCAUGCUGCAUGACUUGACGCGUACUGUGGUCGUUGUGGGGUGCCAUCAGUUCCGCAUGCACACCUCGAAAGCCGUGGACGUCUACCUGUCGAUCACGUCGAACCCCAUCAUCGAGCACUGCUCUGAAAUCCGCUUCGCACCAUAUCCGAGUGCGCUUGCGCCGGAUGCACCAUCCGACGGCCUGCAGUCCAUUCAGGAUUUCUCGCAUAUCCGCGCGACGCCGUCACCAAACUGGACGAGACUGAGGAGUGAGCAGCAGGUAGACACACUGGGCCUUUUACAGCUUGCGAAGGACAACGCCUCCGAUCUGCGCGGCGUGUUGGCGAAGGUGCUGCCUGGGCGGUGCGGUGGGGCAUAGAUACAGCAUGUUGUGGUGAUCCCGAAAUCAAUGGCGGGAUGCCCUAGGACGGAUGAUAGAUCGUGGGACGGGUGUCUCAAUGAAAUGGCAGGCCUGUAUACUCGUUGCCAG